GGUAGGACGGACGAGGAGGUGCCCUGGUGUGCCACCUUCCGGCGCCCGCCUGCAACGUUCGACGCAGAGCGAACCCGCACGCGCACAGCCACGGCGAAGAGGAUAGAGCGAGAGCGCGCCGUUGAGCGCAGAGGAGAGGAAGAAGAGAAAUAGAGAGAGAAAGAGGGAAAGCAAAAGAAUAGCAAUAGCAAUAGCAGCAGCGUGUGCUUUGCGUUUUAACGUAGAAACAGGCGCGCGCUGUUCGCGGUGCUGUUCGAUAGGCAGUAGCGUUUUGGGGCCGCAGCCUUCUUCGUUGUUACAUCGUGAUUGUUUGCGCGUGUGCGUGUGUGUGUCGCCUAGCACGGCAACGCGCGCGCAAUGGCUUCCGUGAAAGAUACGGCGACUUUCUUCGCCGAGGGCACGGCCAGCCAAUUUGAGCACGUACUCAAGCUCUACCCGCAGGCGCUGCGACUCAAGGCCGAGAACCACAAGUCCAAGAAGUCCGAGGAGCUCAUCAAGCUCGACAACUGGUAUCAAAAUGAGCUUCCAAAGAAGAUCAAAUCUCGUGGAAAAGACGCUCAUUUGAAUCACGAAGAGCUAGUGCAGACUAUGAAAUGGAAGCAAAUCCGCGGCAAGUUUUACCCGCAGCUGUCGUACCUGGUUAAGGUGAAUACGCCUCGGGCUGUUAUGGCCGAGACGAAGAAGGCGUUUAAGAAGCUGCCGAACCUCGAGCAGGCGAUCACGGCUCUCUCGAACCUUAAAGGCGUCGGCACGACGAUGGCCUCGGCCCUCCUCGCAGCCGCCUCGCCCGAGAAUGCUCCCUUCAUGGCCGACGAGUGCCUCAUGGCCAUACCCGAGAUCGAAGGCAUUGAUUAUACGACUAAGGAAUAUCUCAAUUUCGUACAGCACAUUCAAAACACCGUUGAGAGGCUCAACAAACAGAACACAAACGGGAACUCCUGGAGUCCGCAUCGCGUGGAGCUCGCAUUGUGGACCCACUAUGUCGCCUCGGAAUUGAAGCCCGAGCUGCUGGACGGCAUACCGGAGGGCGUCGCCACCGAGAACGGCAACUCACACCCGGCGAGCAACGGCGAAUCUGCCCAGGAGCCGGCCUCUGACGAUAGCAACCAAGAGCCGCUAUUGUCGGGAGGCCUCGUCGCGGUCAGUAACAAUAGCAGCGGUGCCGUUGCCUCGGCUACGAGCUUCCCAACAAGCAAUAACGGUAACGCAACAGCACCCGUCGGUGCCAUUACCCAGACUGUCGCCAAUGGUAAGGCGCCCACCGCCCCCACGGCUGCUCUCGACGACAAUAGUACCACGACCUCCUUUACCGAGGAUUCGCUUGACAAACCGUCGACGCCCGCGGGUGCCGUGACUGCACCACCCUGUUGCGACGAUACGAACGACUCGCUGCCUACGAACGAGGACAGCAGCAGUAAUGCGACGCCGAGGCCAACGGAUGAGAGCGAGGCGGCCACCGAAGAAGACAGCUCCCAAGAUUCGGUGCAUGAACCCCCUUCGAAGAAGAGCAAGAAGUGACCCGGCGCGGCUCCACGAGCGAGGACCGCCGCCAAAGCCGACGCCGAUAUCCUGCUCUGAUCGCAAGGCCACCGACCACUAACCGCAACCGCGAUGAUGAUAAGCCUUCGAUUAAUAUCGCUAUUGUUCAUCGUUCAUCAGCAUAAGCAACACCAGCAUCAGCAGCAGCAGCAACAACAACAACAGCAACAAC